ACAGUGCUCUCCUCCAUCCAACCUACGAGGCUGGUAAAUCAACGUCUUCUAACCUCCCACCUCCCAGUUCCUCAAACUCAAGCAAGGCCAGCUCCUCUCCACUUCUCUUCCCUGAGGUCCUGUUCAGCUUGCAGCCCUGGUCCAGCCAACUCCAGUGUGUUAACUCUGUGCCUAUCCUGAGGCUGGGCCCAUAGGUGGAGAGAAGUGGAAAAGAUCCUGCCCUGUCACUCUGUCCUUACACUCUGAAGCUCAGUGGACCCCUUGACAGGAUGCUGGUCACCUGGGUCUGGGGCACACUCACCUUGACCUUUGGCCUGCUUUCCAGUCUCCAAGGAGUAAGCGCCAACGAGACUGCAAACACAUGUGACAUCUUAAGCUGCCCCAAAGGAUUCACAUGCUGUGACAAUGAAUGCUGCCCAGAAAGAAAGGUCUGGGAUUCUGCAAAUGACCCCUUCAGGAUCCUGUCCAUCAUCAUAUGUACCAUUUUACCUGUGUUGUUCAUCUGUGCCCUAGUGAAGUGCAUAUAUUCCAAGUGCAGAGAUCUACAGCAUGACGUCAGAACAUCGGAUCAUCAGGCUCCUCCAGAAUCGCCCUCCAUUGCUCCCCUAGAGAGCAUUAGGGUCACCUCCUUUGAUCUACCACCACGCUACAGUCAGUUGGGCCUUUCUAUCACAAUACCUAAUGUGUUUCAUAGCUGGUUGUCCGAAAUGUCGAAAUAAUGGACUGGGGAGGGAGGAUAAUGGAUUGGGCAGGGCUCUGCCAAACACUUUUGUCAUUUUUUUACACAGACCCUAAAUAAAACAGGUUUUCCUUUU